AUGCAUUCCAUUCUUCGAAGAAGAGGCAUUGGGAACGUUGCAAAGCUUCAGUCUCGAACAUACGCUGCUCCCUCGGCCCUACCACCCAGACACCUCCUCUCGAUAGCAGACCUUACCCCAGCUGAGUUCACAGCUCUAGUUCGAAAUGGCCUGUCCCAUAAGCAGGCAAUCAAAUCCGGGUCAAUUCCGCAGUCUCUCAGAGGUGUAUUAUCAGGCCAAACAGUUGCCAUGGUCUUCCACAAGCGGAGCACGCGAACUAGAGUUUCCACCGAAGCGGCGGUGACACGGAUGGGUGGUCAUCCGAUGUUUCUCGGAAAAGAUGAUAUCCAAUUAGGGGUUAAUGAGUCUCUUUACGAUACUUCAGUAGUUCUCUCCUCCAUGGUAUCAUGUAUUGUUGCCCGUGUUGGUCCACACUCCGACGUGGCCAAUCUCGCCAAGCACUCAGCCGUUCCGGUGAUAAAUGCUUUGUGCGACACCUUCCAUCCACUGCAAACCAUAGCCGACUUCAUCACAAUCAAAGAAACCUUUGCACCCCAGUUGACUCCAGGUCAGAGUACGUCGUCGUCUCUGGGGCUGGAAGGGUUGAAGAUCGCAUGGGUUGGAGACGCAAACAACGUGCUGUUUGACCUCGCAAUUGGAGCAACUAAAAUGGGUGUGGAUGUCGCUGUUGCCACUCCCAAAGGCUAUGAGAUGCCCACUCAUAUUGUUGACCUAGUCAAACAUGCAGGGGAAGGUGUCCGAACUCCCGGUUCCCUUACGCAGACCUAUUCGCCCGAAGAAGCGGUCAAGAAGGCAGAUGUGAUUGUAACCGAUACGUGGGUAUCAAUGGGACAAGAAGAAGAGAAACUACAGCGCUUGAAGGCGUUUGAAAAUUUCCAGGUUACCAGCGAGCUCGCAAGGCGUGGAGGAGCUAACGAGGGCUGGCGUUUCAUGCACUGUCUGCCUCGGCACCCCGAGGAAGUCAGUGAUGAGGUUUUCUAUGGAAAGCGAUCUCUGGUGUUCCCAGAAGCUGAAAACCGACUCUGGGCUGCGAUAUCGGCUAUUCAAUCCUUCGUAGUGCAGAAGGGCCGAAUUGUCUGA